AUGUCCGCGGAUUCCCUUCAUCUACACUUCUCCGACUAUCUGUCCACCGAACCAUUCGCUUUGGAUUACUUUGUCUCCCCGACGCCUCAUGAUGGAUCAUGCCCACAACUGGCCAAGCGAAAAGGAAAAAGCCAGGCAAUAAAUACCUCCCCUUUCGACGCGUUCACGACAGGCGGGCUCUCAUUGAAUACUACAAUUUUAUUGAAAAAACCCAUCGCUCCUCCCCUGCCCGAGCUCCGCACCCCGCCUCCUUUGACACCAGAGGGCGAAAUUGUUCAACCUGUUCCUGAAAGGUCUUUUCUGCAAAAGUACUGGAUGUAUCUUGCGGCUGUCCUGGUUGCGUUGCUACUAUCUGGCGGCCCCGAGGAAGAACAACCGCGACAAGGUGGUAAAUAAUUCCAGAGGCUUUUGGGGAAUGGUUCCUCUCCACGCGAAACAAGACUAUAGCAUGAUGUAGACAUGUUUAUUCCAAUCGUGUACAUUAUUUCUGUUCUGCAACGGGUCCCUCU